AUGAUUAUCAUUGUCUUCGUUAUCAUGCUCCACGCAACAAGCCCAUGUGUGGGCUCGUACAAGGUACACCGGCAGACGGCUCACCACGACAGGAUUCGUCGAGUCAAAUGCGACGAGCAGAGACCCGAGUGCAAUCGAUGCCUGUCCACUGGAAGGACUUGCGAUGGGUACUGGACUGGGUCGCAGUCGCUUGUCCAGCAGGCGUGUUCAUUGCGCAUCAUACAGCAUGUCCCACUUCACCGGAAGCCCCCGCCUGCAAUCCGGCUGAAUACGGACGAGCAUCGCUGUCUCGAGUUCUUUCAGCACUAUACCAUCCACGGCCUAGGAGCAGAGGUGGGCUCUUGUUUGUUGCAGGCAACGACCAGCGAGCCGGUGAUCCGAUCGGUGGCCAUCGCAGUCGGUUCGGUGCAUCUCUCCUUCACUUGCUUGAGUGAAGAAGACACUGCGUUUACUCUGCGCCACUACAACAAAGCCAUCCGACAACUAGUCACGUCGCAAAACAGCAAAAACACAGUUCUGCUGGCCUGUGUCCUGUUCUUUUGCUGCGAGUGUCUGCAGGGUCGCUUCAAGACCGCCAUCCAACAUGCCUCGUCCGGACUUCGAAUCCUCCAGCAGCAACAGCUGCGCUCACACGCCUCUCCAGAGAGAGCGUCACCAGCAGUGUUCUCGCUGUUCAACGCGGUGCAAAGCCAGGUGCUCGAAAUCGAGGGAAUGGAAGGGAUGGAGCCCGAGACCCAGCCUAAGCUCCCGCCAACCUCCGACCCUAUCCCAACAGGCCCAGGACUGAACAUCAGCGACCACCAGCAUAUUUUCAGACAACUUUACCACCGCUUCACGGAGAAUGACGCCCUAUUCAAGGCCUUCGCAGAAACCCCGACCGACCACUCCCCGGCCGGCAUAGCGUACGAACAACAGUUACUCGCUGAGUGGUUCCGGGUCCGCGGGGACUUGAAAGCCUGGAUGCAGGACUUCGACCGCCAGACCACAUACAGGCUGCAGACGGACCCCAGCACGGCAUCUCUAAACGCCCACCCAAUUGCGAUCCUCAAGACCUGGAAGCUAUUGUUCAGCAUAUACUUACGAAUGGCCUGGCCACCGUCCGAGUUGGCAUGGGACUACUUCACCGCCGACCUCCAGUCCAUCGUCUCCCUUGUCUCGACCGUGACGGGCGACUGCACAGCUCGGCUGAACACACAUCGUACACCCACAGUGCCUAGCAGCAAAGACACCAGCGCGCCCACAAAGCCCCGUCUCGCUCCCAGCCCCACAGCCCCAUCGAGACCGACAUUCACCCUCUCCCUCGGCUUCCUAACCCCCCUCUACAUCUGCGCCACCCGCUGCCGCGACUCGACAAUCCGGCACCGCGCUCUCCGCCUCCUCGCCACCUGUCGCCGGCGCGAGGGGGUUUGGGACUCCGAUGUCGCUGCGCGAGUGGCGCGCCGGAUUAUAGAGAUCGAAGAACAUGCGGCCGGGGUAAAGCCCGGGGUCAGCUAUGGCCCGGCUGAUAUCAGUUUGGCGGCGCGCGUGCGCUCCUCGUCGCCGCAUUUCGGCGAGGGAAGGACGGCCUCGUUGCGGUAUAUUGGAGGGAGUAGUCGGCCUGAGGUUGGGUUUAUGGAAGAGACGAUUGUGUGGUAG